AUGGCAGUCUAUCUGGAAGAUGGUGCCACGACUCAAUCAUUGAAACUACACAAAGCACCUAGAUUAGAAACUUUGGAUAUAGCACUCGGUCCAUAUUGUCCUACUGAUGCUAAUGUUGUUAAGUGGUUAGAAAAUGCGGUUGAACGUAGGGUUUUUGUAGAUGUUCCUUCUCUCGUAUGCCUCCCAUCCCUCAAAGGUCUUGUCCUUGUCUCUGUGGUAUACAAAGAUGAAGAUUCUCUUGUUAGGCUCUUAUCGAGUUGUCCUAUUCUCAAUUAUUUGUAUGUGGAGCGACAUGACCCAGACAAUGUGACAAAGUUUAGUGUUAAAGUGCCAUCUUUAGUGACUUUAACGUAUCUGAACCAAACAGUACUCGGUGAAGAAGAUGUAGAGGAUAUUGGAGGGUCUUUGGUCAUAGAUUCAGCUAUUUUAAAGGAAUUCGCCAUCAUAGAUUGUUCCACAAACUCAUGCUCGAUUGAGAACAAGCCUCACCUUGAUAAUGCAUUUAUCUACGUUAAUAGUUACCUUGAUGACAAAUUUAUUAGAUGUCUUUCCUCAGUCAGGUUGUUCGAGAUAAGUCUAAGCGUUGCAACGCAACCAGAUGAUGUACCUCUAUGCUUGUCAACCAAACUUGAGAUCUUUGAGUGGAAAGAAUAUGGAGGAACAAGGGAAGAGAAACAAAUAUUAAGAUACAUUCUUGCCAACUCCAAGUGUUUAAAGAGAGUUGGAAUCUCUCUGAAACCAACAUGGAAUUGGAAUAAAAAUAAGAUAAUGAAGGAGUUAAAAUCCAUGUAUAGGGUUUCAUCAUCAUCUCAUCUUCUCUUCUUUACUCAAUUGGAGUUUGUGGCCAACGUUGAGAAGAACUGA